CAAGCGUGUGUGUUUUCUUUAAUUUUUUUUUAUUAUUGUUUGUUAUUUGCUUUUGAAUAGCACCGCUUAGAUCAAACGAUUAUGGUUCAAGUUUUGCCAAUCAAUUAUAAUAACGAACAUUAUAAACCUGCUAACUUUAUGAAUGGCGAACAUAACAACUACCAGCAUCCCACACCUCCACCUCACCCUCACCCUCCUAUUCAACAACAUCAACAGAUGCCUAUACCCUUGCCACCUGUUCCCAUGAUCAACCAUCUCAUGCCUCACCCUCACCAUCCUCCUGGCUAUUUUCAUCCCCCUCCUCCUCCACCUCAUCCUCAUCAACCCAUGUAUGACCAAUCUCAGCAAUAUAUUGAUUAUGCUAAUGGAGCUUAUCCAGCCAUGGGAUUCAUGUACCAAGGCUACUCUGACAUUUCAGUUUAUGUACCUACCUUACAAAAGACCUAUCCUUUAAACUCGGCCAUUCUCUGUCGAUCACCUGUCCUUUGUCAACGUAUUAUGGAAGAACAGACAAGCACGCUCGAACUUGACCUUUAUGUACUUCCGGAAACAUUUCACACCAUCAUUGGGCACCUCUAUCGACCCUUGACACCUCAAGAAAUCAUGUUUUUCGCCAACGAGAAACCCCAAAUUGCCAUUGAAUUACUCGAAGCUGCGGAGGAAUUGGGAUUAGAACCACUUUUGGAUCACUUGCUUUUAGCCUUGAACCAAAACUUGAAUAACCAAAAGACGGCCAUGACGUAUAUCGAGGCCAUGGAACCCUAUCAGCCUUUGGAAGAAGAAGAACCACGUCAUUGGGUCGAGACACUCGAGGAAGACAUUGUGACUUAUCUCGCUGCGGUCAUGCCUACCCAGUUGGAAGCCUUUUCACCUUUGAUCAAAGUCAGUGGUAACGUCAAUAUCGGGCAAGUCACUGCUUGUGGCUAUAUGCCCUCGCGUACACCUCCCAUGCGGGGAUUUAUGGAUUUGGCUCGCGUUUAUGCGUCAUUGCCUCAACAUUUGAUGAUUCGAUGCUUGGAAAGUCCUAAAUUGCCUGUUCAAGACGCUAUUCAGAGAUCUUAUUUUGCUAAACACGUAUUGUCGAUCGUCAACAGUCUUAAACCAGAUGAUAAAGUAGAAUUGGUGGCCGUUUUGCGAUUUGAAAAAGGACAAGAUACAAUUGCUGUCGUUAAACAAUCGGGUUUAAAGAAAGGUUCUUGGGAUCCAAAGCUUUAUUAUCACUUGCCAUAAUCUUUUUAAUCAUUUUUUUUUUUUUUCAUAUAUUAUUUUGCUGUAAAUUUUUAUAAACCCUCAUACAUUUUUCUACAUUGUAUAGCCUUUGUUUUAUUGUAUUGUAUAAAACAAAUACCAAAAAAAAAAGAAAUAUAGCAAUCAAAUUCUUGCUUUUGUUCUACACACACAUACACACAUAUUGUAUAAUACAAAAAUUAAACGUCUCU